GCGGUAUUAUGUUUGUUAACGCAACUGUCAACUAAGCAUGAUAGCUUUGAUUCUAUGAUCGAAUUUAUAAAGGAAACUCGAUGUAAGGGAUGAAGAAUAAAAAGGUGAAACCCUCAAAGGGGCUUAGCAGCAGGAAAAAAGCACUGAGUGAUGUGUCUCCAUCCACUAGUAUCCCUCCUCUAGUGGAGGGUCAGCUGAGAUGUUUCCUCAGGGUGACAGUUAGUAAAGUGUUGUGGACCAUCAUAAAACCUCCUCCCGUGACUCUGAUCCGACUGAGAUGGUGGGGUGAAUCUUCUAACGGCACCUUCUUCAGGCCCAGAGAUGGACACAUUGAACCGAAGGGGGUUCAAUCUACAGCCCGCUUUCCGGUCCGAUGUGGACCAAAGCAGCUAACGUCUUAUUUGACAGAUAUGGGCUCAUUGGUGCUAGAUGUUCUGACAAAGGUUGAACAUUUGCCUAUAGCUCGAGCUCAGAUUCCUGGGAUUGCUCGACUCUCUUUGUCUCACUCCAUAAAUGGAUAUUUCACUCUUGUUUCACCGACAUCAGAGAAACUUGGAGAACUUCAGGUCACACUUGCCCUAGAACCAUUGACUGAUGGAUAUGACAGCAGCAGCUCAGUACCUACGACUGAUAUAAGCCUUGAUGCUCAGGCUGAUCAGAACAUGCCUGUGGUUUCAUCUCUGAUUCAUCCUCUCCAUAUUAACACUGGAAAGGAGAAAACUGGCAGAAGCUCUGGCCACAUACCCAGAGGAAAAGAUCAUCUGUAUUUUCAAGAAAGCAAUAACGUCAUGUCAGCGUCUGUAACUGGAAACCCUACAUCUACUCAAGCUAUUCCAACAAGCACCCGUACAUCUGUUGACGUCUUGUCAGUUCUUCUGGAACGUGGCAGCAAGCUCAGAAAUGCUAUGGUGGUUUCAGCCUUAAAGUCAGAUGUAGAGUCAGAUGUUCCUAUAAAGGACUUUCAUCCUCCUCUGCUCAGAGACAACACUGAAGCUCUACCCCUGAGGCCUUCUUCAGGACAGUUUCUGGAGAACAUCCUGCAAACAGAACUCCAGCAUUCUUUACUUGAGGAGCCAAGUCAACAUGGGGUCAACACAGAGGACAUGGCCGUUGAUCUGCUUCUGGGAAGUGUUAAUGGAUCAGUGCUUCAGUUCUGGAAUGGAGAAGGUUCUCCUCCAGAGUCUUUUUCUGAUCACAGCAGUGUGCUGAUGGACAGUGAGCUCAAUGAUCCUCAGUAUGAUCAGAGUCUUCUGGAAAAUCUCUUUUAUAAACCUCCGAUAUCAGAUGAGGUUUUGAAUGAGGAUCAGAAGACUGGUACUGAGAAGAAGCCAUCCCCAGUUAAAAACAUCAGGGUGAAGUCUGGUGACCAGCAGCGUUCAGAAGUCACAGAUGAUUUCUCCGGCCUGGGUGUGGAAAAGAUUGCUGACCUUGAAGAUGUUCGUUUUGCCAGGGUCACCGUCAGCGAGUUGAAAGCUCCAGUUCACAGUACUUUAGGAAAACUCCCUGGGAAAGGGAAACCACCUCGCCCUCUUGGCACAAAGAAAUGGUCUUAUAUUGUCGAGGUUCUCUUCCCUCUCGUCUCCACUGGAUGCGAUGAUGUUCAGCUUGUGCCUUCAGAGAUCUCAAAAGCUGUCUCUAAUAAAGUUAUAGAGGGCGCGGUGAUGUUUCAGCACCAAAGUUUGUUUCCAGUGCGGUUUAGUAGGUCAUCUAUUAAACAGUGGCUGAAAAUGAACGUUUCGUUCAAGAUCUACUCCAGAAAUAGCUUCCAAAAGAUACCCAUCCUCAUUGGAUCAGCAAUGUUUCCUCUGAGCUCCAUCAUGCAAAGUGAGUCGCAUAGCAUCUCUGCCGCCCUACCUGUUCAAAGACCAGAGGGAAUCACUGAUAAAAGCGGAAUUGGUCCACUCAAGGUGACAUUUGAAUUUGCAUCAGACAAGAAUGGAUUUUCCACCAACAAAAAGCCACCAAAGAGUGUUCUACAAAAAGCUCACCUGGCCGAACAGAUUGAUGGUGAGAGGGGUUUGUGUGUGAGGGACCACAGGAGAGACCCAUCUCCUAAUGAAAGAAUUCAUCCAGCUCAGAGUCUUCAGCUUCCUCACAGCAGAUCACGCCCAACAUCACCUCAUGCCAAAUACCAGGCUUCUCCUCAUAGGUUGACCCAGUACGAUACAGAGGAGCCUGCCGUUUUGCUUCAUACUUUGCUCAUUGUCCCGCAUGGAAAAGAUUUGAACUGCGCACCCUUGCAGCCCAACGUGUAUUUAAACUGUAAGUUUCUGGGAUCAGAUGAGGCAGCUCGAUCGGCAGUCAGCUGGGGUCAGAAACAUCCAACAUUCAGCUUUGUUCAGGUGGCUCCUGUCACACUUACCAGCAGAUUGUUAGAGAGAAUGAAGAACAAUAUGAUGGUCAUUGAGGUUUGGUUGAGGGCAAGCAGUUCAGAUCAUGAUAAACUCCUCGGCUUAGUGAAACUACCUCUCCACCAGUUCUACAUGUCCUUCAGGGACCCCAAGAUCUCUGAGUUGCUCUUGCAGUCUCAGUAUCCAGUGGUUGCGGUAGACAGUUACAUGCCUGUGGUUGAUGUGUUUACGGGGAAUACUCGUGGAAACCUCAGGGUUUGUCUGGCGAUGGGUCAGGCGCAGCAGAUCGCAGCAUUGCAGCGAAUGCGAGAAGAUGAGCUGGUGCACAUGUCGCCGCUGCCUCGACCUGUUCACAUGUUAGACCAUCGGCCGCACACAGAAACAAAGGCGAGUACUGUUGCCGCAACAGACGUUUUGCGCGAGCACGUCUUCUUGCUCCGAGUAGAGAGAGUGAAGGGACUGACCCCUCUACAAUCCACGGUUUGGGGAGAAGCCGAUUGCUACAUCCAAUAUUCCUUCCCUGCACAAAAUGACUCAGGGGAGGAUAUGGAUCUGAGUGUUGUUGAAAGUAAUGUGGAUCUCAAGGCCUUCCGCACCGAGACCACCCUAUGUGUGCCUGAUCCAGUGUUUGGGCACACUGAGACUCAUGUUCUGCUGGCUCCACCUGAUGUUCCAGUACAGAGAAUACUGCUUAGCUCGCUGGCCAAUCAGGGCUUGAGGAAUGGAGGAGGCGUGCAGUUUGAAGUGUGGUGCAGGUAUUAUUAUCCAAACGUUAGAGAUCAGCUUGUAGCCAGGGGACUUCUGCCCAUGUCCAAACUGUGUGCCAUGGUCACUAUGCAGAAACAGGGUCGAUCCGAUACACAGCUCUUCUCACUCCCUCUGGUACCCAGAACUGACAGUUCAUCUGAUGUGGAGCCUCAGCCAUCAGGGCUUCUUGAAGUGAGCAUUCAAUACAAAUUUCGGCCAAUGAGGAGUGUGGGAUUGAAGGGGGGGGUGGUGCCCUCUCGAAGCGUGAUACUGGCUGUGGAGGUGCACAGAGCAGCUGGAUUACAAGCAGGUGCAAUGGUUCUCGCGGAUGCAGACAGCUCGCUGCAAUAUUAUGCAGAAGUAGGAGUCAACUCUUUCGUCACCAUGCAGUUGUCAUUCCUGCCGGACAGCGAGGUGAGGAGCACACGUGUGGCUGCAAGAAGUUUCUGUCCAGAGUUUGAGCAUCAUACAGAAUUCAGCUGUAACCUGCUGGUGCAGAGAGACAGCGGAGAGAGCGUCAGUCUGGCUGAACUCAUGCAGGAUGCAGUGGCCAUCUUUACCAUUUACAACAGAGACACUCGUAAAAUGGUCAACACCAAAUCUAAGGACACUGUUUUGGGCACUGUGAAAAUAAAGCUUGCAGAUCUCAUUCGUAAAAGGACUGGGAAAUCUGGCUGGUACAGUCUCUCCCCGCCUCGGAAAACGGUAUCCUCCCACAGGCUAACUUCUGCAGGUGGGCUUGAAAUCUCCAUACAUUUUUCCCACCAUGCUGACAGAGAGCGGGUCAUCACUUCAGCCCGUGGGCUGGGUUGGGAUGUUGGCCAGGACAGUGACGAUGAGGCCGACACAGAAGAUGAAGAGGCUUUGGAAGAACACACAAAGACUCUAAAUGUAUCCGUUUCCAUGCCUAGGGCGUGGUUACCCUUCCAUUGUCUACUGCUGCCCGGACAUGAAGACUUACAGCGUUCCACAUACUGCUACUACAGAUACAAACUGUACGACCAGCAGACCAUCUGCUCGGAACUCAGACACCCUGUUGUGGAAGAGAGCGAGGUAGAAGUGGGUUUAGCCACAGUGGCGUUUCAGGGGACCAGGAGUGUGGUUUUAAGGAGGACUCGGCCUCUGCGAUGGUACCUGAGAGAGGAGAGGAUGGAGGUUCAGAUGUGGGUGGCUUUUGGGAAGGAGAAGAGAGUCCGGCCUCACAACGCUGAUCGUCUUGUGGGUUCUGCUUUUGUGGAUCUUUCUGCUCUUGCUAACACCUCGAAGCACCACCAAACCAUCAGUGGUGUCUAUUCGUUGUUCAAUCGCUCGGCCGUGAACCUGAGUGGUGCUGCUUUGAGAGUCCACAUCACUGCAACGGCAGAUUCUGCACCACACGAGUCUCAAGCCGCCCACAGCGAGGAGCUCAACAGCUCAGGAGAGGAUGAAGAGGGUGGAGACCUCUCCACCACAUUGCUGCCUGGACCAUCUCAAUCCCCCAGCAGACAGCAGAAGAACAUGGUUGUAAACUCUGACCCUCAACCAGCCACAGAAGUCAACAGUGAAGACACCUUCCUAGCCAACAUUACUGUAGACAGAGCCAUGCGACUGAGUCUGAAGGGUUGUCCUCUUGCUGAGCGGGCUGGAGCUUUACCCAGCUGCUGUGUGUCAUACGCCACUGCCGAUGCCCUUGGCACAGCGACCACAGCGUUAGUAAAAGACUCUGACUGCCCUGUCUGGGACCACCAACAAGAAUGCAGGCUGUCAAAACAGCUUCUUGUGGAUCCACAUCAAUCUUUGGUAUUCAAAGUGUGGCAUAAAGGAGAGGUGGAGCGGGUGAUUGGAUUUGCGUCUGUAGACCUGUCGCCUCUUCUGUCAGGGUUUAAAUCAGUUUGCGGCUGGUACAACAUCAAUGAUUUCAGCGGGCUGUGUCAGGGUCAGCUGAAAGUGUCUGUGUCUCCUCUGCGGGCGGUACUGGAUCUCCGGGCCCAGAGACAGCCGGCACACGAAUCCAGCGCCACAGACUCUAGUGCUCUUUUUAGCGCUCUACCGCUUUGCUAUCAAACUACGGCCACCUAUAGCAGCUUCCCGAGCCACAUCAGUCGAUUCUCAGAGCAGAGGAUCAGCACGCCUCCUGGACAUCUUGAAAAACUGCUGUCUGACAGGUCCAGUGUGACGGAUAGGCACGACGAGCACAUGGACAACGUGAGGUUGUUCCAUCAGACUCUGCAUGAGGGUGAGAGAUCAUCUAACUCCUCAUUGGCUGGAGAGGCCCACUCCUCCAGUUCAGCUGUCUUCUCUGCUCUGAGGAAAAACCUCAGCGAGCUGGAUGAUAUUCAGAGAUACUUCAGUCGAAAGUUGACCAAUCCAACAUUCCCAAAGCUGAGUGAAAUGAGAGGAACCUCCAGGCAGGAAGACCUCAGGGAGACAGACACCACAAAACUGCUGUUUAAGUCCAAUCAGCUGGUGGGAGAGGUCAACAACAUUAUUAAGGGUUUAAGUGAACACCAAACAGAAGAAACAUCAACUCUACAUAUAAACUCAGAUACACCUGCUGUUGAACAUUUAAGAUCUGAUCAGCUGAUAUUAUCAGAGUCUGAGAGCUCUGAGACAGAACUGCACGCUCAUAAAGACGUAAGGUUGGAGAGUGAAGAUGCCUCACCAAUCAGCAGUCCAACACCUAGAGACACCAGACAGUCAUCCAUUCUUCCUGAAGAUGCCCAACCACAACACAGCCAUAACGAAAACCUGUCCGAUGAAGAUGGAGAUGAAGAUAAAUUCGAAGAUCAAGAGGAAGACUUUGAGGAGACUUUAUUACAGCCACGAACGCUAAAUGAGGUCACCUCAGUCACAGACAGAACCAGCCCGUGGACCAGCCUUCUGUCUGACCCAGAAAUGGGAUCCCUGGAGAGUCUGGAAUUAGUGGAACAUCACACUCAAAACAACCCCUACCAUGCUCAAGAUGAAGUGACGAACAGAAGAAAGCUCUCACCAGAGGUCAACCCGCAAUCAUUGACAGCACAAUUCCAGGAAAUCGACUCUGAUUCAGACGACGGUGGGCGAUCAGAAGCUGGGAGUGAUCUUGAUACAUGUAGAAGUGAAGAUCACAGGGAGAAGAAUCAAUCUCCAGAUGGUCUGGAUAGAGUCUGUUCUCUCUCCAGUAUUAGUGAAGUGGAGGGUUGUGACAUAAGUAACAGUGAGGCUGAAGAAAGGGAAGAUAGACCGAAUGUACCUUCUGCCUCAGAGUCUGGUGCAGAACCGGAUGAUGAAAGUGACGAGAAGACACCAAAACGUUCAGAGUCUGCAGAGAUUCCAAAUUUCUUCCUGCCGACCCACCAUCUGGAGGCAUCCAUGAGAGCUUUAAGGAUGGCACCUGUGUUUCCUUCAACUGCAGUUGAGUCUGAGACUGCAAAUCAAUCAAAUGCAUUUCGAAGAAUGAUGCGAUCAAGACCCAACAUCCCUCCAUCACAGAGAAGUGAAGAGACCAGGAGAAUCGCUAAAAUAUUUGCUUCAAAGUUUACAGAAGAAAAUUAGCAUUAUCCAAAACUGCGUGUGUGUGCUUUUUAUUCUAUUUUUAUCUGUGGUGUAUGUGCAUUAUUUGUUAUUUAUUAAUUCAUUUGUUAUACGACACAAUGUGGUACAUACUGGGAUUUUUUCCGGAACCUUUAAUUAUGUAAGCAUUAGGAAAGUUGUUUAUGUACAAUAAUCAAAUAUUUUUAUAAUAAAGCAUUUUGUAUUGUG